AUGGCACAGGUGUGGACUCUACAGAAAAUCAUGGCCCUUUUUUCUGCUAAUAGCAUAGCUGCUGUGAACAGCUCUGACACUCGCAUGACAGGCUGCCUCCUCACUGGCAUCCCCGGGCUGGAGCAUCUACACAUCUGGCUCUCUAUCCCCUUCUGCACCAUGUACAUAACUGUACUGGCAGGCAAUGGCAUUCUAAUUUGCAUCAUACUUUCCCAGCCAAACCUGCAUGAGCCCAUGUACAUAUUCCUGUCCAUGCUGGCCGGUACUGAUGUGUUGCUCUCUACCUCCACCAUGCCCAAGGCACUGGCCAACUUCUGGCUAGGUUCCAGCCACAUUUCUUUUAAUGGCUGCCUCACCCAGAUGUUCUUCAUUCACUUCCUCUUUGUGGCUGAUUCUGCUGUCCUUCUGGCCAUGGCCUUUGACCGCUAUGUGGCUAUCUGCUCCCCUCUGCACUAUGCUGCAAUCCUCACGACCAAGGUCAUUGGGAAGAUCGCCGCUGCCACCCUGACCCGCAGCUUCUUCAUCAUGUUUCCAUCCAUCUUUCUCCUCAAACGGCUUCACUAUUGCCGGAUCAACAUCAUUGCACACACAUUUUGUGAACACAUGGGCAUUGCCCAUCUGUCCUGUUCCGAUAUCUCCAUCAAUGUCUGGUACGGGCUGACAGCUGCUCUCCUCUCCACAGGCCUGGACAUCAUCCUUAUUGCUGUUUCCUACAUCCACAUUCUCCGAGCAGUCUUCCACCUCCCUUCUCGGGAUGCCCGUUCCAAGGCUCUAAGCACCUGUGGAUCCCACAUCUGUGUCAUCCUGCUUUUCUAUAUUCCUGCACUCUUUUCUGUCUUUGCCUACAGGUUUGGUGGUAGACGCAUCCCACGCUAUGUCCAUAUCCUCCUGGCCAACCUGUAUGUAGUCAUUCCACCUAUGCUCAAUCCCAUGAUUUAUGGAGGGAGGACCAAGCAAAUAUUGGAAGGAGCUAAGCAGAUGAUUUCAAAUCUUGCCAAAGAAUCUAAAUGA